CAUCUAGCGUUUCAGGCUAGAUGGUUACACGGGAUAGGAAUUCCCUUUCUCAAACAAACUUGCCCUAUUAUCAUUAGUUAUUUAAACACCCUUAUUUCUCUAUAUCACUGACAAGACAUAUCACUUGAGACUCCACUUAUUCUUUAUUAUAUCCCAACAUCAACCCCCUCAGAAUUAUAUAAUACCACAAAUCAAGACCCGGAACAACCAUAGAGUUUGAAACCAACCUCCCGCACCAGCACCACCAUCUGUAGAUGUAUACUACAUCUACCUACCUUCUCAAUAUCGAAACCUAAUUCCACCAACCAAACCACCAAAACAAUCUAUAUCUAAAGAGAGAGAAAAAAAAAAAGACACAAUGUGCCGCAGCCGCAGCCACAUCCACAAACCCUGCGGCUGCACCACUUCCCACAUCUACAUCUGUCCAUCCUUCCCCAUCCAACCUCCACCACAGACCCUCAAAGCCACUCAUCGCCGAUACACGACCGACACCAUCUCAAACCCCCUAUACACACCGCGCCAUCUAUUCCUAUGUCGAAAGUCCUUCUACGCUUUUCCCGACAUUCAGGACCCGGCGCCCUGUCGAUCUCAUCGCGUCCUCGAGAGGGACGUUCGACUUGUGAUGGGUCCGCCCCGAGCGCCAGAUGGGGCAUGGGAUGAAUUUGAUGGAUUUGGGUUCCGGAGAAGAGUUCGUGCUUUGCAGAGCAGGGAUAAAGGGAGGGGUUUCUGUAAUGAUUCUGCUGCUGGUUCUGAUCGAGGUUGUAUUACACAGCAGAUCAUUGGUAGUAGUAGUAUACCUUGUUCUGUGACGACACGAAAAUUCACAAAGCAGAUCUCUUCUACGGCGAAGAAGAGCAAGGAUAACAAUACCGUUAAAUAUCGACAGAAACAGCAACGCCAAUUAUCACGGGCUCGUCAUCUUAGGGUCGUUCCAAAGGAAGGAUACGAAUCCUUUCCUAUUAUGGAUAUGUCUCGUGAGCGGGAUAUCGAGAAAUGCGAGUUCAUGUCGGAGGAUGAAAGAGGGAAUUACGACAAAAAGGGCAUUUUGUCGCGGGUUUUGUCGCUGGCGAUUAGUGGACGACGGGGUAGUAGUGUGGUAUGAAUGGGUGUGGUCUGAUUGUGAGGAUUUGUUUGCUUGCGCUUUUGCAUGGUAUGUGGUAUAAGUGUUGGUUCUGGUGGACUUGAAGAAGGCCUUUUUCUUUUCUGUGUGUAUGUGAAGGAUGGUUCUUAAUUUGAUACCCUGAAGGCUUGGAGUUUGCUAUCUGAAGGACAUGUCAGAAUGUCUCGUGCCUGCUUAUGGGAUGGAUAUAUCUAUUG